UCCCGGCGGCUGGGAGGCCGGGCAGGGCCACAGCCCGACCUGUCUCCUGCUUUUCCUCCCUUUUCUCUUUCCUCCUCCAUGUCCUCUUUCCAGUCGCGCAGCCAUGAGUGACACUGGCUCGAUCAGCGGCCGGGACGGCCAGAGAGAAGACCAGGCCUCAAAUUAUAACCUCAUUACUGCAAAGACUGUGAGCUUCCUUCAAGAGCUGCCCAGUUACCGGUCCGUUGUUCGGAGGAGGACCACCAUCCCUGGGAGGGAUAAAUCAGGAGGCACUUUGCUGAAGCCAGCCAGCUCUGAAAGCAGGUCCUAUUUGGAAUUAGGAAGAUCAGAGAGAGAACACCUUGGGAGCCAGUCCAUCAGAAAAUACGCACUGAAUAUCUCUGAGAAGAGGAGACUAAGGGAAAUUCAGGAGGCCCAGGUCAAAUAUUUAUCCGAAUGGGACCAGUGGAAACAGUACAGCACCAAGUCAUGGAAAAAAUUUAUUGAAGAGGCCAAGGAGAUGGCUUCCCACUUGGAACUGUGGAAAAAUGACAUUCGCAGCAUAGAGGGAAAAUUUGGCACAGGGAUUCAGUCUUAUUUCUCCUUCCUUCGCUUCCUGGUGGUAUUGAACUUGGUGAUAUUUCUUAUCAUUUUCUUGUUUAUUUUGCUCCCGAUCAUCCUUACCAAGUACAACAUUACCGCUAGCACCUUCCUGAUUAUCCCGUCUAGCGAAGUAGAUAUACGAUGCAAAGUAUACCCAAUGAACAGCACCGGACUCAUUUACUUCUAUACUUACAUGAUCGAUUUGCUUUCAGGCACUGGUUUCUUGGAGUGGACCAGCCUGUUUUAUGGUCAUUACACCGUGGAUGGGGUAAAAUUCAAAAACUUCACAUAUGAUUUGCCCCUCGCCUAUUUGCUGACCACAGUGGCUUAUUUGGCAUUGAGUCUUCUCUGGAUAGUAAAAAGGUCUGUGGAAGGAUUCAAGCAAAACUUGGUGCGAAGCGAAGAACAGUUUCAGAGCUACUGUAACAAAAUCUUUGCAGGCUGGGACUUCUGUAUCACAGAUCAGUCAACCGCCAGACUCAAGCACAGCAGUAUACAGUACGAGCUUAAAACAGACUUGGAGGAAGAAAGAAUAAGGCAGAAAGUUGCCGAGAGAACUCCAGAAGAAACCUUACGGAUUUAUAGUCUCAGAAUGCUUUUGAAUGCUCUGGUUAUAACUGUCCUGGUAGCAUGCUUUUAUGCGAUCUAUGUAGCGACUGUAUUCUCCCAAGAACACAUGAAAAAGGAGAUUAACAAAAUGGUGUUUGGAGAGAACCUUCUGAUCCUCUAUCUUCCCUCCAUUGUAAUUACACUGGCCAACUUCAUCACUCCCCUCGUCUUCGCCAAGAUCAUUCACUAUGAAGACUAUUCACCAGCCUUUGAGAUCAGGUUGACUCUCCUCAGGUGUGUCUUCAUGCGAUUGGCCACCAUUUUUGUGCUCGUGUUUACACUGGGGUCCAAGAUAACUUUCUGUGACAACGAGGAUUGCCGAAUCUGUGGCUAUAACCACAAACUCUAUCCAUGCUGGGAGAAUCAGUUUGGACAGGAGAUGUACAAGCUAACAAUCUUUGACUUGAUUAUCAACCUUGCUGUGACUAUAUUCGUUGAAUUUCCUAGAAAGUUAUUGGUGACCUACUGUUCUUCUUGGAAAUUGAUUCGGUACUGGGGGCAACAGGAGUUUGCCAUUCCUGAUAAUGUCCUGGGGAUUGUUUAUGCACAGACAAUCUGCUGGAUCGGAUCCUUUUUCUGCCCCCUCCUCCCUGCGAUUGCAACGGUGAAGUUUGUUAUCAUCUUUUAUGUGAAGGAGAUAAGCCUGAUGUACACCUGUCGACCCUCCACAAGGCCUUUCAGAGCAUCAAAUUCUAAUUUUUUCUUCUUGUUGGUGCUGUUAAUCGGACUGACAUUGGCCUUCAUUCCGCUGGGAAUCAGCAUGACACACAUUCCAUCUUCCAAGGCUUGUGGACCCUUCACCAAUUAUAACACCUCCUGGGAAGUUGUCCCUAAGACCGUAGACACUUUUCCAGGUCCUUUGCAAACAUUCAUCCAUAGCGUCACUUCAGAGGCAUUUGCUGUGCCUUUCUUUAUUGUUAUCUGCCUCAUCAUGUUCUAUUUCAUUGCCCUGGCUGGAGCGCACAAACGAGUCGUGGUUCAACUCAGACAGCAGUUGGCUAUGGAAAGUCGAGACAAGCACUAUCUAAUCCGGAAAUUUACAGCUGCUCAGCAAGAGAUGAGAAGCCGACCAAGCUGAUCUCGAACACAAUACUUGUUCCUUCCAGGCUCACUGAGCUGCCACGCUGAAUCUCUAAAACUCAUCUGUGGAAUUUUGUACAAACACUAAAUGUACUUUUUCUAGGACUCAGGCAUUUUCUGCACUGUGAUACCGUUACUGCUGCUGUAGUUUUGGGUUAUGUCGGUGUUUACAGAACUAGUUUCUAUUUGACGAUUUUGUAAACUAUAACAACAGUUUGAGCUGAGUCUCUGCUUGUAGAGUCUCAGCUCAGUGACUACGAGAAAUUUUUUAGGCUUAGGCUAUUUAAGUUUUUGCAAGGGAAGUGGGAACAAAGAAAACUAUUAUUUUUUUCAGGUAGUUUGAGAAAUUUUGUUAAGUUAAAUUUGAAGGCCAUUGGUUCAUGAGAUUGGACUAACUGGCUAAUGAGCCAAAUUCCAAUGGCAUAAAAUGACCUUUUUUUAUACUUUGGGGUUAUACUAACCCUAAAAUAGAGGUUGCUUUGUAAAAUAAGAUAAACUCCUAAACCAUCAUGUUGUUAGCAGUUGUUAAGAAAAUUGGAAACAUAGUUAUAUAACUAGCAUUAAACUUUUAAAUUUUAGCCCCAGUUUGGUAAGAUGAGAUGCAAAAAUGUCCAUGAUCUUAUGCCAUGAGCUAUCGAUAUUAGGCAUAUGGAGCUCCUGCAUGACUUACAGUUAUUUUUAGCUAAGAUCAUAGAUAACACUAGCCAUGCUUUCUGAGCUUCUGUAGCAGCCGAGGAGCAGAACAGAAGGCUGUUUCAUGGGAAUAGGUGCCCUUUGAACUUUUACUUCUCUUUUAGGGCUGAUCUGUGGUUUCUGGGAAUAAUACGCUUUCCAAAAGUGGGAGAAGGUAGAGUUUUCCUUGAUUCCCUAAGGUCUGUUUCCCUUUGUGUUUUGUAGGCAGUACUUUUAAAGGACGUUUCAGGCUUCAGAAGUGUUCUGGGAAGGAUGUUGUAAGAUAUGUUUUAUAUUCCUGCUUGGCUAUGGAUAUGUGCUUUGGGAUUAUGCUGUCACACCUUUCAAUUCGUGCUCAAUCCCUUUUACUCCGGAUUGCAUUAAACCUAAAUCACUCACUCAGGGCCUUUUCAGAUACAACAGUUUUUAAAAUGUACUCAACUAGAUUUCUGAGGAGAAAUUUAGCUUCCUUAUAAUACAAAGAAGCACAUUUCAAAAUAUUAUUUAUCUGUUUAUAAUAUUUAUAAUUUUUCUGCAUAUGUACAUGUAUUUAAUGAAAUGUAACAGGAAUAAUGUAUAGCUCCUAUUGUAGUAAAAAUAAGUAACAUAUGCCUUGAAACUGGCUAUUUGGCAGUAAAAAGUUGUCCUUUUGAGUUAUUCCAUGGCUUAUCAACUAAUAUAACAUUAUCUUGCUUUCCAGCUGCCAUCUUGGCUCAGCCCCCUACUAUAACAUUAUCAAAAAGGAGUGUUAAGUCUAAAUCUUUUUAAUGUAGGCAAAUCUUAUUAAAGUAGUUCAUUUUCAUUUAGUGUCUUCAGGCUUUUUUUUUCUUCAGUGUAGCUGUAGUUUAGGUUUUCAAAGUUGAUUUUAAUGAGUCUUAAUGGUUUUCUUUUAAAUUCAAACACACUUUCAUUAGCCUGAACUUCAGAGGCUAAUGAAGUUUUAUCGAAAUGAUGGCUGAUGCUGAGGAAUAUUAUUGAAGGAUAAUUUCUUCCUUUUAUAGAUGGUUGAUCUUUGUUCAUGGAAGCAUUUUCCUGUGUCAUGCCACAGAGUGCUGCCACUUUCUGAGAGGAAUCCCGGUGCCAACCAACUGUUGUUUCCUUCUAAUCACACAAAGCUAGAUUAUAAUGAAAAGUAGUUCAAGAUUGCCUUGAACCGCGGCAGGGAUUUGUAACUCUUAUCUUGUGAUGACUGCCAGAGGCAGGAGAUUUUCCGGGAACAUCUUUCUUAAGGCCUUCGGCAGUCUAUGUUCUUACCAAUACAGGCUGCUUUUGAGUAUGCAUAGGCUCGUUGGACUCUCUGAAAAGAUGAAUUGUAGCCAUUUCUCACCGCUGUCAACGUUAUUAGCAAGGCUAAUUCCUACAGUUCCCGACAAGUGUUGUUUUCUGCUUUUUAUUAAUGGAAAUGCUGAAAACUAAGGAUUAUCAGGGGUUUUUUCACCGUUAAAUGCCGAUUAAUGUACUAUUAGCUGUAGUAAAAUGUUGACUUUUGUAAAUAUUACUUGGAAUUUUUUGAUCAAAUUGUAACUUCUGGUUAGAGCUGUAGGAUAAAAAGUAUAGCUCCUCUGCUUAAUGUGAAUUAAAACUGUUAAUUAAAACAAAACAUUUGAAAUCUUA